CUUCAACACAUUCCCAGUUUUGGCCCCUCGGUUCAUGGUUUAACGUGCCUCUUAAGAGUGUGGGAUUUUGUGUGAUCACAUAGGUUCACUUGUCCCUACUCAGUUGAUCAAAGAGAGUGAAAGAAGAAGAGAGAAUCAUGGAGGCAACUAUGGCAAUUGCAACCCUGAAUGCCAGUGCUAAUCUUGCUACUAAGGGGAUUGGAAGGGACAGAAUUUCAGGGUUCUGGGGUGAGAAUACAAGGGGAAGUGUUAACGUCAGGUUUUGUAGUAUUCAGCCAUGCAAGACUUCAAAAACUUCAAGUUUCAAGCCUGGAUUUGCACACGCUGUUUACACACCAGAUGUGGACAAAGAGUCCCCGGUAAUCCAGGAACCUGUUUUUCGGAGUCCAAAAGAAAAUAAGCCAGAAAAUGUAGGUGCAAUCAUAUUGGGUGAAAGUGCUGGAACUCGAUUGUUUCCUCUUACCAGCACAAGAGCUAAGCCCGCUGUUCCACUUGGAGGGUGUUACAGGCUUAUAGAUAUUCCUAUGAGCAAUUGCAUCAACAGUGGUAUCAGAAAAGUGUACGUUUUAACACAGUACAACUCUUUCUCCCUCAAUGGCCAUCUGUCUCGCACAUAUAAUUUUGAAACUGGAGUGAACUUUGGAGAUGGUUUUAUGGAGGUCAUGGCUGCUACUCAGACUUCUGGAGAGUUGGGGAAGGAAUGGUUCCAAGGGACAGCUGAUGCAGUGAGACGCUUUAUUUGGGUUUUUGAGGAUGCCAAGAACAAGAAUAUUGAGCACAUACUGAUAAUUUCUGAUGAUCAUCUUUGUCAGAUGGACUAUAUGAAGCUUGUUGAGAAACAUGUUGCGACAAAUGCUGAUAUCACAGUUUCAUGUGUACCUAUGAAUGAAAGCAGUGCAUUUGACCAUGGGCUGAUGAAAAUUGAUAGAAAGGGAAGGAUUACAGAGUUUGUGAAAAAACCAGAAGGAUCAGAUAUGAAGGCAAUGCGUGUUGAUACCACUCUCUUAGGCUUAGGGCCAGAUGAAGCAAAGAAAUAUCCUUACAUUGCACCCAUGGGUGUUUAUGUAUUCAGAACUGAGACCCUGCUGAAACUGCUGAGAUGGAGCUUUCCUUCUUGCAAUGACUUUAGAUCUGAAAUUAUCCCAUCUGCUUUGAGGGACCACAAAGUCCAAACAUAUUUGUUCACGGACUACUGGAAGGAUAUUGGCUCUAUUAAGUCCUUCCUUGAAGCGAAUCUGGAGCUAACAGAACAGUCUCCAAAAUUUGAAUUCUAUGAUUCGAAGAAGCCUUUCUUCACUGCCCCAAGAUUCCUACCACCUACUAUAGUAAGAAAAUGCAAGAUUGUGCAGUCAAUUGUUUCUCAUGGUUGCGUCUUGAGUGGGUCUAGAGUUCAACAUUCUAUUAUUGGUUUGCGCUCACGUUUAGAGUCCGGUUCAGAUCUUCAGGAUACCAUGAUGAUGGGUGCUGACUACUAUCAAACUGAUUCUGAAAUUGAAACUCUGCUGAAAGAAGGAAAGAUUCCAGUUGGUGUUGGAGAGAAUACCAAAAUCAGGAAUUGCAUAAUCGACAAAAAUGCCAAGAUAGGAAGAAAUGUGAUUAUUACCAAUGCUGAUGGUGUUCAAGAAGCAGACAGGCCUAUGGAUGGAUUCUACAUUAGAUCGGGCAUCGUAGUUGUAGCAAAGAAUGCAACAAUUAAAGAUGGAAUGAUCAUUUGAAGGAGUUGAUGACAUAAAUUAUAGUAUAACUAGUUCGCUAUUCUAGGGUAAUGAAAGCAUAGAAAAAAAAAAUGUUCCGUUGUAUACUACAAGUUACUCAUAGUGUAAGAACUCUUAGUUUCUGAAUAAAUUAUUUCCGUUGGUUUGCUUCAAUCAGAGAUCCUUUAUACGCUGAUGA